AUGAAAACAUUCAAAAUGGCAGGUCUUGCGCCUUUUGGACGAGAUGAUCAACCGCAUCUUGAGGUGAAAAUUGUUGGUGGAAAGCAUGUCGAAGUUCCAGUUGACAAUCAUGGAAAGCCACUUAAUCAGUCAAAAACUGUUAAUCGGGCAGAAUGGAGCCUUCCAGGACAACAGUAUGGUCAAAGGUCUUCGGUUUUGUCAACAGCAAACUCUGAGAAAUCGAGCUCUAUGAUCUCGCCUCCUCCGUGGAUAAACAGAACUGACACACCGCCACGAAAAAUUCUAAAAUCACUGGAAAAUCCUGAUGAUCAUCAAAGUAAGUCUCUGGAAGGCCUGAGAAAAUUUUCAUCUCCAAGUUCGCCGCAAGUUUUACCACCGAUCCGAAAGAAAUCAGGAGUUGAUGGGGAUCAGUCUACCAGAGAUUUGGCUUCAAGACUUAAUGCAGUGUUGCUGGGAUUCGAUACUAUAAAACUAAAAGAUGCGUAUCUCAGUUUUGCAGGUUAUGACUCCACUUUGACAGGAUUUGUUUCUGCGGAACAAGUCGAGAGAGAGUUUUUUAGACUAAAGAUUCCUCUUAAAGGAGAGCUUUUAAAUGAGUUGUUGGUAAUUUUCAUGUCUGCUCACAGGCCAAAUUGGGUCAAUUAUGAACAGCUUUUGAAGUUCAUCAACAAUGCUGUUCAACCAACUGUCACAAGAGAGUUUAACGUUCCAAAGCUUGAUGUGACGUCAAAUCCAGGUGAUCGACUCCAACAGAGAAUGUCCGGCAAUUCGCCUAGGGCUGAAGUCAACUUGCCACUUAAACCAAAUCAGGUAUCACCAAGGUCUGAUGAUAUGCCAAAAGGCCGCCAGAGUGCUAUAACUGCAAGAAAAGCUUUUCAAGAUAAGCAAGAUACAGAGAUCUUAUUGCAAAUGGAACAAAUGCUAAAAGAGAUUGACCAUGCCCAGGCACAUGUACAGGCAUUGAGAAGACAUCUAGAGGAACAAGAUGGGGCAGGAGCAGAAUUUAUAUCCUCACAAAAGGUAUUUAACACUCUCAAUAAGCCCUUUGCAGCUUACGUUCACCUGAUCUGCUGAGAAACAAAAGUUUUCAAAAAUUUGGAUAAACCGUCAAGAUUACCAGAAAUGGAAAGAGCAUGAGAAAAUUAGGUAGAGAGCCAAUUUUGAGGUGACUGAUGUGCAUUGAAUGUCUGAAAAAUUAAAUAGGUUUUGUAUGGAAAAAUUUUGUGAGCCAUAAGGCUUGUAGUGUGAGAAAAAAGCCGGCAUUUCGCGACGCCACCAAUGGUUUCCCCCCAAAAUGUCUUCUGAGAAACAAAGGCAGAAAUUCCAUACUGAAGUUGCGUCUCUACCCAGAUCUGGGUAAGUGCCUCUGAUUGGAUGAAGCAAAUUUUUAUCGCAACUGUGAUGUUUCUACAUCCUUUUCUAUAAAAUUUUUUGUUUGAUGAUAGUUCCUCACCCUUCCUUUCAGCUAAAGACAAUAUGUUUGCGGCAUCAUAUUCCUUUCAACAACUCAUUGUUAGACAAGGUCAUCGACAGACUUGACAGAUACAACUCUGGAAAAGUGAGGUUAGUGGAAAUUUAUGAUAGUGUAAGAGGAUUUUAGGGAGAAUGUUGCACACCUCCACUCAAAUUAUUUCAGGAAUACUUGGCAGUGAUUUCACAAAUUUUCUGAUGUAAGAAAUACAUUGAAUUAUUUUAUCAUGAUAUUCCUAUCUUGAAAAGAAAUAUCGUGGUUCACUGACCAGACACUGCGCAUCAGUGUAUUCUUACAGCCCUAGAAGCUGACAAGGAACGAGACGUCUUGAUGAAUUCCAUAGUGGUGAUCUAACUGUUUAACAGUCGGUAAUCUUUUUAAUACACCGAGAGAGACAUUAUAGCAACAUUAUGAACAAAGAAAUAAACAUUAUAUACUUAUUUCAGUUGGUUAGAAUUCAUGUCCUUUGUGGAGCGAGCCCUGCCUCUUCCAACAUCCAGCAUUUCUUCAAGCCACAGUUACAGUAGAAAUGGUGGGCGUGUUCUAGAAACUCCCCCUGACAGACCAGUGUGGGAAACAAGACAGCCCCUUAAGGGAGUCAGCCAUGAAGGCAGGUACCCAUCUUAUGAUACAAGCAUGGAUCAAGAACAACAUAACAUUCUAGGUAUUACUAUGACAAUCAGUAUUAGAUUUCUCCCCCAGGGGGGUUACUCUGGAUUUCAGCUUCCAACUGUCCAGCAUGCUGAUUACGGUAAAAGAGUGAGGGGCUUACUCCUUUUGGAGAUUCAUGAAUGUAAGGUUACAUGCAAAGUGGCCUGCAUGUAGAGGUACUACAUCACAAGCUCUUAGACUUUUUCUAAUAAUCUCAAACUUUCAUAUACCACCACUUAUUAUAACAAGUGACCACAUUCUAGGUAUUGUAUAGAGUGGUUUUCGUUUGAGUGUCGUAAAACCAAAACCAAAGUAAUUACUCUGGCCAAUCACAUAGGACACAGACAAUACAUUGAACCAAUCAAAACUCGAAGUAAUUACAUGUGGCUGACGCAAAGCGCGGGAAAAUGCAUGCGAGCGCGUCACAAUUGGCUUUGGUUUUACUUCUGAUUGGAUGAAAAGGUGGCGCGAAUCUUUUAAGCCAAUCGCAUCGUGUAGAAAGUGCAAAACCAAUUACUUUUCGACACUCAAAUGAAAACCGCUCUAAGCGACCAGCAAUCCAAAUCAACAAAAUUUUCCUAGUCAAAGCCCUAAUGAUAUAGUAAGGGUUGUAACCUCAAGAAAAUGACCACCUUUCUCAUAAACACCCACAAUCACUUUUUGGCUUGAUGGUUUGUAAUAAAAAAAAAUUCCAAUGUGACGCAUGGUCUGUUCUAGGCUGCUCAGAGGAUAUGAAGAACUUUCAAUGCUAAACAUGGAACUAAGGAUAUCAUAACUUGGAAUCUAGACGCAAUGAAUGCUAAGGCUGUCACCAAGGGCCAGGGGCUGGGUAUUUAACUCUUUCACUGCCAAAUUAGACUACGAGUAGUCCCCCAUUUUUUCUCAGGGAUAGUAGGGCGAGUGAAACGCGAGCGCGCGUGAAAAUCACCCCACACCAUAAAAGGCGACACGCGGCAGGGAGAGAGAAUUCUCGCGUGGGGUGAUUUUCAUGUGCGCUCGCGUUUCGCUCACCCUACUAUCCCUGAGGAAAAAUGGGGGACUAUUCAUAGUCUACUGCCAAAUGUACCCAAAAGCAAAUUUCGACCAAAUUACCAAAUUUCAUUUUUUGAUAUUUUGAAAAACAAAUAGCAUCAUGUGUAAGUACAGGCAGAGAGCUUUCAUUUGAAUGGUCACAUCAUGGAUUUCGUCCACAGACUCAAAAGUUAGAGUCACCUUACAAAACUCCUUCAAGCACUCAGGCAGGAAAAGGGUUAAUCCCCUGGCUGCCUUACAAAUAAUCUCAAGUUACUUUCAUAGGAAACAAAGUGAAAAAUAGAACCAACAGAACAUUAUAACACUACAACUGACUGGAAUCUUUGUGACAGCCCUGAAAUUCCCUUCCAAAAAAUACAUGGGUCCAGAUCUCUUGUCAUAAGAGACUCCUUGCAGCUUGAUUCUUGUAUUGUAAUUAUUGGUCUCUCUUUGUAAUUAUUGGUCUCUCUAUUAAUUACCUAUUUCACCGACUCGAUUUCAGUAAUUCAAGUAGAUCUUUCAACCCUUUCUCCUAUCCCAUGUAGUGAUAGUACUGUAAAUAAGUACUCAGUACAGAGUGAAGUAUUUGUAAUAUAUGUGUGAGAUCAAUUAUUGUAUCUCUGUCCGUUAAUUAUAAUCUAUUUCACUGAUACCAUUUCAAUGAAUUUCAAUAGAUCUUUUGUUACCUUCAGGGAGACUACUUGUAAAAGCCCGUAAGGGUUUCUUUAGUCUUCCUCCCAAGUUCAUUACAUUGUAACACACCGUAUGUACUGUAUAAUAUUAUGGGAAAUAAUAAACUCAACUCAACUCAACUCAACCACUUCUCAGAUGCAGGGUGAAAAGAAAAUCAUUUUUAUAGCUUGCCAUUUGGGCAAGCUGAAGCAAGCAUUUACUAGCCCAGAUGUCAUUUCAACUAGCCCCAAAAGCUUUUUGACGAGCAGAAUUGAUUUCACAGUUCUUCUGUUACUCAAAUUGCUCAAAAAAACAUCAAUUGCCCAUCGGGCAAGUUAAAAAUAGAAUUCACUAGCCCGAUAGCAAAAUCCACUAGUGCCGGGCUAUCGGACAUUACUUUCUUUGCACGCUGCAGAUGGUAUCACCAAAUGUUUGUAUUUUGGGUGGGGCACUUACAGGAGGUUUGACUGGAUUUUGUAUUUUGACAGUGAAAGAAUUAGAGGAACAAAGAAGAGGAAGGAGCUACAGACAACAUCACGAUCCUGAAGGGAGUGGUAUAAAUGGAGACCAUGUAAGGUCACAAGAGGCUGAAGUAUCAGAACCAGUUAAUGAGAGGCAAGGAGAUCUGUUAAGACGUCAGCAUGAACUGAUCGAGAAAAAACGACAGAUUCAAAAAGAGCAAGAAGAAAUUGAUCAGAUCAUACAGCACCAGAAAAAGAAAUUGUAUGGAGAUGAUCGGGAUUAUGAUCCACCGCAUUACCACGAGGAGGAAAGUAAAGUCAAGAGGUUUAUGAAGCUGGCAAAUGCACUUUAUGUGUGUGAUUCUGAUCAGUCAGGUUAGUGUCGUGAUUCUAAUACAGCUCAUUGAUCUUUUAGGAUCCAAUUUUUGUUGACUUCACACUAGACACGUAGUUAGUUUCAAGUACACUGUACAGUAAGCACUUGAUUCAAUUGCAUCUGGAAACCUUAAAUCGCUCUGUAGAAAACAUGGUUUCACACUUGUUGACAAAGUGCAUGUAUAUUAUUUGAAGUCAAUAUCUCUGUUCAUUAGAAUCUUAGAACUGCUGCACGUGCACAUAGUGCAAAUGGUUUCCAUUUAUUAUUGGCCUUUAUUGGCUAAAGUGUGUUGCAGCCCUUACUUGGUGGCGAACUUCGGCUUCUUUGAACACCAAUGUUUCCGUGGUCACCAACAAAUAGAAAACACUUUUCUAUAGUCUUGCUUAAGACCAUAAAAAUGGCUAUUGUAAAACCACUUGAUCCACUUGAGUUUUGAACAUUUUGAUGUCAGUUCUGCUGUCUAUCAAGUAAAGGCCUUGGAAAAUAAUAUUGUUGUCUAUUUCUUAAAUAGAUCCCCUCUAUUCCUCAGUGCACAUUCAUAUCUCCUUCUAUAUUUCUAAGGCUUUGCUAUUUUAUAGGUCUUAUUGAUGUGGAUGAAACCCAUCGCUUGCUAAACAACUACAAUCUCGUGAACCAGCUGGGAUUCUCUGCUGAACUGAUUGAAAAGACGUUAAGAAGUUGUUUAACAACAGAUGACAAAGUUAGUGUAGACGAUUUAAUAGAUGAACUCAAAGGACAUCUUUAGAAGUUAUUCUAGGCUGUCGCUUGGAGACUGUUGUGUGUUAAUGUUGCAUUGGUCUUAGCUAUCC